AAUUACAGUGUUAAACCCAAGUAUCCAGACAGGAUUAUAGUACAUUUCAACUAACGCCACAGAGGCAAAACCUCCUGCAGGUAAUCACUGGGACAAAACUCUAGUAAUACUGAGAAUCUCCUAGGACACAGAAAAUCAAUUCUGAAUGCUGGUCAUGUUAUGAGUGGAAUGGGUUAAACUAACAGAAAGUAAGGACACAGGGUCAAGAGGGGAGCAUUUUAUCAAUGAAUUGUGGAAUAUUUCACACACACAGGACAGAACUUCACAUAUCCAUAUUCUGUCAAUUUCACAGUGUGGACUGUCUGAAUUAUCCAAUUUAAGAUGCCACCUCACAAAUUAAUUCAUUCUUUCUACCAAAGUCUUACUAGAAGAAAGAAGGUAACUUUAGAGGGAGCUGAGGGCUCGGGUCUCUGUCGUUGCUUAUCAUCAUUAGACUUGGUGGCCCUAGGUGUGGGAAGUACUCUGGGGGCUGGAGUCUAUGUCCUUGCAGGAGAAGUUGCAAAGGUGGAUUCUGGUCCCAGCAUCAUCCUGUCCUUUCUGAUUGCAGCUGUGGCCUCGGUUUUGGCAGGACUAUGUUAUGCUGAGUUUGGCGCUCGAGUGCCUCUUACUGGAUCUGCUUAUUUGUACAGUUACGUGACUGUUGGUGAACUGUGGGCCUUUAUCACAGGAUGGAACUUGAUACUCUCCUACAUUAUAGGGACCUCCAGUGUUGCGCGAGCUUGGAGUGCUACUUUCGAUGAACUGGUGGGAAAGAAAAUUGGUUAUUUCUUCAGAACCAUUAUGCCAAUGGAUUUGCCAGGCCUGGCAGAGUAUCCUGACAUUUUUGCUGUGUGCCUCAUACUUCUCCUUGCAGGCCUCCUCUCGUUUGGAGUUAAAGAGUCAACAAUGGUGAAUAAAAUCUUUACAGCUAUUAACAUGCUGGUUCUGGUGUUUGUAAUCAUCAGUGGCUGUAUUAAGGGUGAUGUGAAAAACUGGAAAGUCAGUGAGGAAGAGCUCAAACAAACUAUUCAAAGCAUGAGUAACCAGUCUGCAGGUGUUAACAUGACUGGUGUGUUUGGAACUGGUGGAUUCAUGCCAUUUGGUAUCAGUGGAACACUGGCCGGUGCAGCUACCUGUUUCUAUGCAUUCGUUGGAUUUGACUGCAUUGCCACUACAGGUGAAGAGGUGAAAAAUCCACAGAGAUCGAUUCCACUUGGAAUAGUUAUCUCCCUGACUAUUUGUUUCCUCGCAUACUUUGGGGUCUCUGCGGCUCUAACUCUCAUGAUACCGUAUUACCUCCUUGAUUCUAAGAGCCCGCUACCUGCUGCUUUUGAGUACGUUGGGUGGAGUGUUGCCAAAUAUAUAGUAGCUGUGGGGUCAUUAUGCGCCUUGACUACAAGUCUUCUGGGAUCCAUGUUUCCUAUGCCACGGAUUCUCUUUGCAAUGGCAAGAGAUGGAUUACUUUUUCAGCCACUGUCCAGGGUGAGCAAUCGCCAGAGCCCAGUUGUAGCCACCAUGGCUUCGGGAGUUGUGGCAGCUCUCAUGGCAUUCCUUUUUGAUCUGAAGGCUCUGGUUGAUAUGAUGUCUAUUGGAACCCUGCUUGCCUACACAUUGGUAUCUGCUUGUGUCCUACUGCUAAGAUAUCAAUCACAAACAGACCUGGAUCAGGCAACAAAAGGUGACAAUGUGGAUCAUAACAAGAUUAUAGUAAUUCAGACUGCAAAAUUGCCUUCAAGACACUCCACAACACUGGUGACCCGCAGCGUCCUUACAAUAGCUCUCUUGGUCUGUAUUGCAAGUGUGUUAUCGACAGUAGGGUCGAAAUGCAUAUUAUCGGGCAGGGCAUGGUGCACCAUUCUACUCGCAUUUACAGUUGUUGGGAUCAUAGGAGCCACAUUUCUCAUAUGGAGGCAACCACAAAACCAGAGUAAAGCUGCUUUCAUGGUUCCAUUCUUGCCAUUUUUACCAGUACUUAGCAUUCUGGUUAACAUAUAUUUGAUGGUUCAGCUUAGCGCAGACACCUGGCUUCGUUAUGCUAUCUGGAUGAUUCUUGGUUUUCUGAUCUACUUUGGCUACGGUAUUCACCACAGCACAGAAAGGCUGAGCACCCCAGAAUUCACUGAGGAGAAGAUAAAUAAUUAUGCAGCAGAAAUGGGGUCCAAGACACAGUUCUUUGAAGUACAGCUUGGUUAAUAAACACAUCAAAAGUUUGCAAAAGUUCAAAAUUGGAAUACUGUUUAACUACGAUAUCCUUUUUUUUUUUUACAUAAGGUUUCAGUGAUGUGAGUUCAACCAGAAACACUAAAAGUGCAAAUUAAAUGCACAAAAAAUAAGUAACCAAACUGAAUUAGCAAUGGAUGAAGAUUAGAUUUGUUGUGGCAAUGGACUUCUCUGUGCAGGCACCAAAUAUUUCUACUAAUAGUCCCAUUAUUAGAUACUUAAAAUAUCACUGGAUUCACAUAAAUCAUAAAAAUGUAACAAAUUCAAUAUUGAUUGCCUAUAUAUUAAACACUGUAAUAUGAACUGCAAGAGGUGCUGGGGCUUAUUCACUAAAAACAAAAUUGUAGUGAAUGGAAGACUAACAGCUCCAUUUAUUAUACCCAAAAUUGUUAUUUACAGAUGUAAAUUUGCUGCAACAUCAAUCUGUGAAGAGUUCCUUCCAGAGUAUAAGUGCUUUACAGAAAACUAUAGAAACUGUAACAACAUUUGUUAUUCAUUAAAUGGCAUUACAGUUUCACAGGCUCAAAAAAAGCUAAUUUGGUAAAGUUAAUGGUAAAAAAAGAAGUUAUUACUAAUGUGAUAAAGUGUAAGGUGUCGAUUGGACAAACUACACAUGUGCAUGUAGCCCCUUCCUUGCUGCAAUGCGCUGAUCUCCUCUAUGGCACUGUAAGUGAAAGUAAAAUAAGGUCUAAAUGCUGAUCAUAUAAUUUACAUGGCUAGCUUGUAAUAACAUGGAGAACUGACCAGGUCUUUCCAUAAAAUAAAUAAAUAGAAGCAUGGGGUUCCCUGAGACCCACAUAAAAACAGCUGAGACCUAUUGAGGGUGCUCUCCUUCUACACCCAAUUGAUUAUGGCAUGGCUAAUAAUAUUAAAAGGAAAGCAGAAAAUGCCCCGUCUCCUGAGCUCUAUAAAUAAAUGGCCCCUUAAGGAGCAAGGAGAUGAAAGAGGCCACUGCCAUCAGGGAACACUAUUGCCAUGAAGGGGUGUACGUGGUCUCCAGCAAUCUCUAGGAAGGUGGUACGUGUCAAAGUAACAUCCAUAUGAAUACCAGGACCCAAGGUUUCCAAGCUGAACAUUGCCCAGAGCAUCACACUCCCUCCGCCAGCUUUACUUAUUCCCAUAGUGAAUCCUACUGCCAUCUCUUCCCCAGGUAAAUGAUGCACAUUCACUCAUUCAUCCACCUGAUCUGAAAGAAAAUGUGAUUCAUCAGACCAGACAACCUUCUUCCAUUGCUCCAUGGUCAGGUUCUGAUGCUCACAUCUCCAUUGAAGGUGGUUUUGGUAGUUGACAGCCCCAUGUCCACUAAUGUCGGUUUACUGGUUGUCUUUCCAUGCACCACUUUUGGUAGGUACUAAUCACUGCAUACCAGGACCACUCCACUAGGCUUGACGUUUUAGAAAAGCUCUGACCUAGUCAAUCCUCUAGCCAUCACUAUUUGGUUCUUGUCAAAGUCGCUCAGAUCUUUUUACUUGCCUAAUUGCCUAAUAAAUCCCACCUCUUGACAGGUGCCAUUAUAAUGAUAUAAUCAAUGUUAUUCACUUCACUUUUCAGUGGUUUUAAUGAUGUAACUGGAUUCCCGAGCUGCUUACAAGGUUCUUUACUAAAGUGAGACUUUAACGUGAGUUUCAAAUAUAAGGUGAAAGUAGCGGAGCUGGAAAACGUUUCUCAGGUUUAUUCACUAACGUGAGAAUUCAAAGUGUAUUUUAAAUUUAAGGCUAGAAAAGUCAAAUUGGAAAAAAUCUCAAAGUCAGUUUUGCUCCCACUUUGGCCUAGAAUUUGAAAGUCACUUUGAAUGUAACUUUUAGUUUGACUACUCUUGCUUGAAAUUCAUUUUUAUUUCACUAUGAAGUUUCACUUUACUAAAUAGAUGGCUAGGGUUGCCCUACAUGUUCCACCUUCCGACCUCAAAGAAGCCUGAGAAAACAAAUGGGAUCUCCUUUCUUCGUUACGUGAGCCAUGAUAGGAAAUAUCACAGAUCUUGAAAGUGACUGAUUUAUGCCGCUGUGAUAGAAUUUAUCUUGAUUCCAAGGCUCAAGCUUAUAGGUGUCAUAUAAUUAUAUCCUAUAUUAAAAUUGGCUAACUUGGAAUUAGGAAAUGCUUGAUGCUUGAACAACACUUAAGACCAUAUAUGUCUAAGUUCCGGGAGCAGAGAGCCCCCACCUAAGAUGUCUCUACUCUAAUCUUUUUGUUCUCUCUUACCUUGAAACUCAUUUGUUAUGUGUACAUGGCGCUCAUCCCUAUGUCUUAUCUGUACUCCCUUGCUAUUUCUGUUCUAAGAGUAUUUGCACGUAAGCACUUACUUUUUAAUGUAUAAAACCCAGGUGAUGAAUAAAACAUCAGAGGCUUAUUAUGAAUACCAACAGGUGUCUGGUGUCUAAUUCUCGCUUCUCCAAGUGCACUUGUAACAACAAUUUGGGCUUCCUCUGAAUAUAACAAAGAUCAACAUUCUGAUCCACAACACCGCCCAGCAAACUGAAUUGAAAAUUGCGAAAUUUAUGUCAAAAUUGCUGAUUUGCAAAAAUUCUCCAAUUCAGCUAUAGUCAUAACUUGACUGGUUUAUCCUAAAUUUGUAAUUCACACAUCGUUUUUUAGUGAAUAAGCCCACAGAGUGAUAUUGUGUUUUACAAUUUUAUCUACUGUACGUAAAUUCAGAGUUGGGUCAGUUAGCCAUAACAGGUGAAAAACCGAAUGUAUAAUUUUAUAAUAAUAAUUUAAAAUAGAAAAAUAAACUCCCCUACUUCUAUCUGUUGUGUAUGUCGUCAA